AUGGGGAGAAGCGAGAACAAGCCAGCUUCCCUAUCCCAGAAGAAGCGUGAUAUAUCCGAAGGCGGUCGCCUCGCGACACCUCCACAUCACCAUGGCCCAUAUAUAGAUGGCUCACAACCUCCUACAGAGCCUAAAUAUGUAACUAGGCUGAAGAGACGAGCCACGGCAAAUAUUCCCACGCCCUCUCCCGUAAAGAGGGCAAUGAAGAGAGAUGUGACCUCAAAUGAACUACAAAAGAAGGCCACCAAAGAAGGGUUACUUCCCGAUAUCAAUGAACUGCCGCAUAAUCUAGGCAAUAUCCAUAUCCUUGAUGCCGUUGUGGUUGGUUCAACGCAGGACUUCGUUGCCCGCCAGGUGCCGGAAGCACCACCAACCGAUGCCAGCUCGGGGCCGCUUCCCAAUGAAGCGGUAACAUCGAAACCUCGUCGGAACCGGGUGCCCAGGAAUCCAUACGGGUGGCAGCAUCCAACAAUAGAAGAGUGUGAGAAGGUCAACAGGCUCCUGUCCUCGGUUCAUGGAGAAGUUAUAGCUCCAAAGGCAGUGCCACCGCCUUCGUUGACUGUAUCAGGAUGCGGGGAGGUACCUAGCAUCCUUGAUGCGUUGAUACGUACACUGCUUAGCGGUGCGACCACAGGCAACAAUUCGGCCAUGGCAUUUCAGGGUCUAGUGCGCAGGUUUGGCAUCCUCAACGAAGGUAUUGGGAAAGGGAGUGUUGACUGGAAUAAGGUCCGCGGGGCACCGGUGGAGGAUAUCUACGAAGCGAUGAAAUGCGGUGGUCUCGGCGUGGCUAAGAGCAAUUAUAUCAAGCAGAUUCUCGAGAUGGUGUAUACAGAGAACAAGGCUCGGAGGGACGCACUAGUCGAAUCAAGAAACGGAAAAGAUCUUGACCUUAAGCGAGUUCCAGGCUUGAUAAAUGAGACGGAGAAGCAAAAGGAAAACGAAAUCGCCCUGGCGAACGAACAUGUACUCUCCCUCAACCAUCUCCAUUCGUUAUCGAAGGACGAGGCCAUGCUAGAGUUUGUCAAGUAUCCCGGUAUCGGCGUCAAGACAGCAGCCUGUGUGAUACUAUUCUGUCUGCAACGGCCCUGUUUCGCCGUCGAUACACACGUCUUCCGCCUCAGUAAAUGGCUCGGUUGGGUUCCCCCAGAAAAAGCCAACGAGAUAACCGCUUUCAGUCACCUCGAGGUGAGAGUUCCGGAUAAUCUAAAGUACUCGCUGCACCAGCUAUUUAUACGUCACGGUAAGGCCUGUCCUCGAUGCCGGGCCAUCACUUCAGAGAAUAGCGACGGUUGGGAAGACGGUUGUAUUAUAGACCAUCUUGUAAAGAGAACUGGUAAGAAGAAAGGGGGCCCAUUAAAGCAGACAAAGCUCAGCCUCAAAGCAAAUAACCGUGCGAACAAGCCUGUAGACGGGAAUGACAUGGAAGGCGGGCCAGAGAGCUCCUGA